GCAGAAUCUGAAUGACAGUAAAGUAUACUCGGACCUAGAAGACCUCCUGACUAAAUCGGCUUCUUUUUUUCUGGUCCUCGGAUGUACACAUUUUUAAGUGAAGUGGCGCAACGACUGAUAACUUACUCCGGAGCGACGUAGCCAUGGCUUUCGAGGACACGAGUGGACACAUAUCGUCCAAUCUUGUCCGAACCCAGCUUGGCCAGAACGAAGUCCGACACCUUCGCAUUCAAGUUCUCGUCCAGCAAGAUGUUGCUGCUUUUGAAGUCCCGAUGACAAUGGGGCCGGCUAACCAAUUUUUGCAGGUACUCGAGACCACGAGCCUCGUGCCCCAGUCAAGUAACGGAGGAAUUCCAGAUGAACCUGUAGACACCGGAAGCAUGAAUUGCAAGCAUCAGAUGCUUAACUUUCCUCUAGCACUGUCCAUCUCCUGGACAUCGGCCGUCGGUUGACCAAAGUGAUCUCUACAACUAGGAACAAUGUAUAGCAUACAAAUUGGACUUCAUCCCGAAAAAUCGACCUUCUGAUGGGACUAUGGAAUCCUCACACGAUACGACCAUGGUUUUCAUGCGGAAGUUACAACGACUGUUUUGGGCAAUCGAUAAUUACGAUAUUGGAGGUAGUAAUGAAGACCAAGCAGCUACAGAGUAUGGAUGGCUAACCAGCGCAGGAAUGAACUCUUUGACUUCUUCAGGGCUCUAUCCUCGCUGGAUGUCCAGUGGCCAUGCAGAACAAGAUACUGACUGCACACUCUUACGAUUUGAUACUGAUUGCUUCAUGCGAUAAAACAUCCAAUUUUAUCACUAAGUUAGACGGCUACCAGGUCACAUCAGCCCCUGGCAUUUACAAAGGUUAGACCCCGAAGAGAAUUCCAAACUUCGGCAGCUAAGCUGCUUGAGGUGCACAUUCUCCAGGCUGAUAAAUUGCCACAAGAUGAAGUGGACAGUGAAGUGGAAAGUGAAGAUAUAGUCCAAUGGACGUUAGACAAUGGAAACUGGAAUUCCUCAAUCGAUGAUAUUUGCAGAAACUUUGUAAUCAGGUGUAAGUCAUCCCCUUCCGCAUUUAUAUAUCGGUCGGAGGAGCACACCUGAUGGAGCCAUUGCCGACGAUGGGCCGGACCUCCCAUGAACUCCAUGUUUCAUUCGUUCAGUGAGUCAGUUCAGACAACUCAAUCGGCAAUACGCAUCAGCAGCUGAGUAACCACCUGCAGCGAUCAUCAGGACACACUAUGGGGCUUUGCAGCCG